AUGUCAGCUCAAUACUCAAUUAAACAUGCCAAUUCAAAUAAGACGAACAAACAUAAUAACAAUAAUCGUAUCAUGAAUACUCACGAUAUAAAGGCAAAUUCAGAAGAUCCAAUUAAGAAUCCUUCAUCUACUGAUCUUUAUUCAGGUCUUAACGGUGAUGGUGAAAGACGCUUGCAUUCUAAAAAAAAGCAUCACAAUAAAGCAAUUGGAAAUUCAGACGCUUCUAAAGUUUCAAAAUCGAGAUCAAUUAAUGCUCCUCAUCAUUCUUUAAUUGGUUCAAAAUACAAUUUGGCCGCAAAACCUAAAAUUAAUCGACCUAGGAAACCUUCUCCUCAAAUACGUCCGGUCACAUCAUAUUCAACUUCUCCUAAGAGUAGUAAGUUAUUAGACCUUCUGAGAUCAAAAAGAUCAAGUAAAUCAUCUUCGAGUUCAAGCAAAUCGUCACCAAGCUCAAACAAGUCAUCUUCAAAAUCAAAAAAAUCAACUUCAAAUUCAAAAAAAACUACAGAUUCUGCAGAUUCUACUCCUCGUAAAAAUUCAACAAAAGUCACACCGUUCCUACAAGGUGUACAUGAGCUAUUAACAGAAAGUAGUUCUUCUAGUAAUAAUUCAAUUGGUAAAAACACAGAACUCCCAAGUAAAUUACAUAUUACUACUUCAAAUAAUACCAGUAUCGCAACAACACAAAAUAAGGAACAUUCUAAUACUUCAAGUAAAUCAUCUACACCAACUUCAAGUAAUACAUAUACUAGUACUGAAAUUGUAACAAAAAUUUCUCCCCAGACUGAAACAACUGACUCUUCUCAGAAUGUGGAAAGGCCUACUCAAAAAGUCAAAAAAUCCACUGAAAAUGAAGCAAAUAGCUCAACUCAAAACAAAAAAGCUUCCACUCAAAAUAAGGCAAGUACUUCUUUGCAACAGGUGAAAAACUCUUCCGGUCAAAAUGAGAUAAAUGAGGCGUCUCAAAAAGUGGAAAAAUCUACUCAAGAUACGGUGAAGUCUUCAAGUCAAAAUGGGAUAAAACAUUCUUUACCAAAUGGUGAAGAUGAUUCUUCUCAAACUAUGCCCAAGCCUUCUACCAAGAAUAUAGUAAUUACAUCUUCUGCAAUGGAUGGUGAUGAUUCUGUUCAAAAGAUGGAAAAGUCUAUGGCAAACUCUUCAACUCCGUAUGAGACGAAGCAUUCAACCCAAACUGAGAAAAAUGCCACUACUCCAAUCGUGGAAAAAUCUUCUGCUCAAAACGAGGCAACUGCUUCUACUCCAAUUGAGCCAAAUAAUUCCACUGAAGAUAUACCAAAGUCUUCUACUCAAAAAGAGGCAAAUGCUUCUACUUCAAAUGUACCAAAUAGUUCUCCUCAAAAGGUGAGAAAGCCCUCUGUUCAAAGUGUAGCGAAGCCAUCAUUCCAAAAUGCGAUCAAUGAUAUUCCAAAUAUAACAAAGUCUUCCACCCAAAAUGAAACAAAUAAUUCUACUCAAGAUGUAGUAAAGCUUUCUACACAAAAUAGGACCACUAUUUCCAAACAAAAGGUGACACACGAUUCUGAUCAAAAAAUAAAAAAAUCUACUCAAAAUAAAAAAACUUCUCUCAGGCCAGGUAAAACGAUUACUUCUGAUCAAAAUGUUGCCACCUCUUUCAAUCCAGUUAAAAACAUCGAUUCUGCCCGAAAUGUGGAAAAGUCUCUCACUCAGAAUAGAACAAAUGAUCCUAGUCAAAAAGUUGAAAGGGCUCUCACCCAGAAUACAACAAGUGGUUCUCUUCACAAUUUACCAAAGUUUUCCAAUCAAAAUGAAACAAUUACUUUUAAUCAGAGGGUAGAAAAGCCUACCGCUCAGCUUAAAACAGUCGAUUCUGCUCAAAAUCUAGAAAAGGCUAUAACUCAAAAUAUGGUAAAGUCUCCCACUCACAACGUGGUAAAUGCUUCAAUCCAAAAUGUGACGAAUAUCUCUUCUCAAACUAUAAGACAGCAACCUAUUCAAAAUAAAGCAAAACCUCCCAAUCCAGAUGUGUCAAAUGCUUCUGCUCAAAAGGUGGUAAAUGCUUUCAAACAUAAGGCAGAAAAGAUUUCUGCUCAAAAGGUGUCAAACGCAUCUACUCAACAUAUAACAAAUAAUACCGCUCAAAACGUAGUUAAUACUUCUACUCAAAGUGAAGCCAAUACCUCUAUUCAAUAUAUGACAGAUGCCUCUACUGAUUCUAUAAAUGUUAUUACUCAAAAUGUGAUUAAUGCAAUUGCUCGAAAUAUGGCAGAGGCUAUAACUCAAAAUGAUGCGAAUAUUAUUAUUCAAAGUAUUGUAAAAGCUUUUGCUCAAAAUAAUACCAAAACUAUAACUCAGCAAAUUGCAAAUACUAUAAUACAAAAUAUGCUAAAGGCUUUUGCCCAACAUAACAUAAAUGUCCGUAAUCAAAAUAAUUUGAAUAUUAUCACUCCAUACACUGCAAAUAUCAUUACUCAAAGUAUGGUGAAAGCCAUUACCCAACAUAAUACAAAUAUUAUUGCUCAACAUAAUGCAAUUCUCCUUGCUAAAAAUAAUGAAAAACACCAUGCUCUACACAAUUCAAAACUCCAUGCUGUAAACCUCCUUGCACAACAUAAUGCAAAAACAAUUGCUCAACACGAUGAAAAUAUUAUUCCUCAACCUGUACCAAACUCUACUACUCCUAAUAAUUUCUCUGCAAAUAAUGCUAGACGAAUCAUUAAUUAUAACGGUUUAUCAAAGGAUACUAACAAACUAUCUUAUGUUCCCAGGACUUCUUCAAGGAAUUCACCACCCAUUAACUCUACUUUAGGUGAACCCAUUCACAGGGUUCCAGUUCAACAGAACAAUUCAGCAAAAGAAGCCAUUUAUGGAUCUACACCUAAUGCCAAUAUAAAUAUUUACAAUUCUAAAAAUAAUAAUACUAUGGCUACAAGACAGGAUAAACAUCCUAGAAACAAUUAUUCGUCUCAUUUAGUAUCUUCUAAUGCUAUUUAUGAAAAUGAAAAUCCAACUACAUUUGUUUUUGAUCCCUCAGCUUCAAUCCAAGGUGCUAUCUCAAAUGGAAAGACUAAUAUACAAUUAAUUCCAAUAAAAUCACAUAGUAAUCCUAACCUAAAUAAACUGAAUUAUGACAAAAAUGCAUUGACCCGAAAUGGCCCUAAUAUUUCGAAUCAUAUGGGAAACUCACACAAAAAAAUACCUGAUACUGACAAUACUAUAAGCAGUAGUAACAAUUCUGGAUACAAUAAUAAUGAUUUAUUAGUUUCCAAUCCCUCAAACAAGGCUAUAAAUACGUCCACUGUAAAAACUAGUAGUCCAUUAUUGAAUAUUUCUUCAAAAUCUUAUUUAUUUAGAAAAAGCGAUAUAUCAGAGUUCAAUCCUUUAACUGGCACACCUUACAGUGGACAACAGAACCAACAAUUACCUCAAAUGCCAUCUAGAUCUGCAAUGACUAAUCACAAUAAUACGUAUUCUGGUCCUGCACCAAUAGUGUAUUCCAGACUGCGACAAGAACAAUUAGCUCAAUUACCUAAUUAUCAAGUGCCAAAUAGUUUAAGGCAUCCAGCUUCAAAUUCGAUUUCAGAUGCUAGUAAAGAUUUUAUCCAAAAUAUACAAAGUUCACAAUACAGCAAUUCCUCGGCAGGCAUGCCAUUAAACCAAAACAUAUUAAAUAAUAAUGAUAAACAAACAAUUGUAACCUCUUCAACUCCCAAUACUAAUAAGGUUUACACUAAAACUUCAACGAUUAACAUUGAAGGAAAUAGACGCAUCUUGCUUAGUCAAAUCCAUGGACCAGAGCAAUCCCUUUCAAAUUAUAAAAUUACGUUAUCUAAUGGUUUAAAGUUCGACUCUUUACAAAAAGAUGCCAAAAUUGCCGAAAAACUGGGUAGAUAUUUUGAUUGUAUAGCAUCUUCUACUAAAUUAACGGUAUCUGAGUCAAACCAGAAUAUCGUUGAUUUACUUCGAAAAAUGAAUAUGCCUAUAGAAACAUUACCAAUAGAAUCUAGUAAUUUUCCAAAAGUAUUUUCAGCCGCUCAAAAUACAAGCCCUAUGGAUCAAACCUCUGUCAAAGACCUGGAAAUAUUUAAAACUGGAAAACUCUUAAAUACACACACUUUUAAACCUUCGUCAAUAUCGAUAACAUCAAUCUUAAACGAAGCUACAAAAACUAGUGACCAAGUAACUUUAAUGAAUAAUAAAGGGAAUCCUAUUAUAACUCACCCAUCAAUUAAUAAUGACAAUUCUCAAAAUCAGAGUUCUAUAUAUUUAAAUGGCAAUGGCAAACGUAAUAGAGGGUCAGCAACCAGUGAAUUAGAACAUCGGGAAGCUGAAAUACAACCCACUAAUCCGAAUAUCAAAUUACAUGAUUCUAUAGGCAAGGAGCUUAAUAACACUAAAAAAGAUAGUGAAAAACAACUUAAUAAUGACCCUUUAACACUUAAUUUGGAAUCGAAAAUAAAUGAAAAAGUUCUUUAUUCUAAGGCAAGAUUACCACAGGAGAUCACUAUACCAAAAUCCAAUAAUGAUACACAACUAAUAUCUUCUGAUUUAGAUAAUAAAUUUCAAGAUACAUUAAAAAGUGGGAUGAUGGAAACUAUUAUUAUAUCAGAUAGUGACUUUUCAGAUCUUGAUUUGGAUCAAGAAGAAUCCGUGAAAAGAAGCUCUGAGCACGAAGAAGUGGUUCCAGCACAAUCCAGUACCCAGCAAGCUGUAUCAAAACCAAAAGAUGUAAAAAGACCAAUGCUCUUUGAGAAAAAUAAAAGAUUGGAUGACUAUGAUAAAUGCAGGAAAAAAUUUACAAGAGAUUUUAAUAUAUAUGCUAACUCCAAACUAAAAGGAAAAAACACAUUUUUAGCCUCUACAUUAAUUGAUUUACUGGAUACCGGUUUGAUACCUUAUAGUUCGUUGGAAGAAUCAUAUUAUGUUAGUGGGACUAAUGAUGUUUGUUCAAUACAAAAUUUCGUAACGUCAAAUGCUUUUAUUUUUCAACAACCUCAUAAAGGCAAUAGUAUUAAAUAUCUUGAAAUAGAAGAUAGAUUAAUUCAUAAAAAUGUAUCAUCAGAUCGUAAUAAGGGCAUAGAAAAUAAGCGAUUACCAAGGCUUCCCCAACCCACCGAUACCUCAAUGAAAAUCGAAUCAUCAAAUUCAGUUACACAGGAAGUUAAUGCCGUUGCUAGAAUUACAUCUAGAUAUAAAAACAUUAAUAAGGAAAGACCAUUAUCUAGCCAUUCUAGUAACCUUACAAACAAUGAUGUAAUGGCAGUCCAAUCAGCUAUUGAGAAUAGAAAUUCUAUAUCUUCUGAUACUCAACAGAAGGGAUCUGAUAUUCAUGCUAAUGAUUCGACAGAAAUCGAUAAUACUACUUUGCCAUCAAUAAAAGAGGCCAAAAAGGACAACACACGGCCCAAGCAUUCCAAGGUAAGGCUAGAUUGGAUAUCUAGAUGGAAGUAUUAUCUAAAAUUUUCUAUACUAUUUUUUGAUGAACAGUCUUUUAUUGAGAAUCCACCUCCAAAUAAUAUGUCAGCUGAUGAGCUGCUUUCAAUAGUUGCUAAGAUAAGAACUAUAUUUCUUGAAAAGUUUAAUUCAGAUUAUACAACAGAUAUUAAUAACAGGUUUCAUAUAUUUAUCUACAAUGAUACAUCAACUCAAGAACAAGUUAGUGUAUUAACUAAGAACUAUCUUACUGCAAAACAUAUCAAUGAUACUAGUCACAAAAUUAGAUUUUGGAACAUAAAUAAAGCUCUUAAAUUCAUCAAAGAUUUAGGUGUAGAUCUGAACGGAGAUGAUACUUCUUACAGUAAAAUGUAUGAGAAGGGUGCUAUCGAUGAAACUCCAUCUUCUUUACCCAAGAGCAAUGCUGUGAGUAAUACAUGGCCAUCAACUCAAACAGCUAACAAUCCAGAACCUAUUUCUGAUACUGGGAUUAAGGUUGCUGGGCAAACACCUGCUUACAAUGCAACAGUUAGUAAAUCUGAAGAACAUCGGAACAAGAACCAUACUUCUCAAAAAACUAACGAUCCAAAUCCUCUAUUUAGCCAAGUAAAAAAGGACAAUAUUAAAAAACCUGAAAUACAAGAAAAUAAAAUUGAGACUCAUAAUAACAUUAAAAAUUCCUAUACAAGUAAUCAAAGUUGCAGUGUGAAAUCCCAACACCGUGAAAAUGUCACUAAUAUUGAGGUUUCUGUAUCAAGUUCAAAAGCUAAUGAUAUUUUACAUGAUCUGGCUGAAAAUAAAUCAAAGAAUAUUUCUUCUAGCUCUUCCCUUAAUAAGCCCAAGCCCCCCAUUGAGAAUCUAAAAAAUUCUUCUAUCGAUAAAGCUAGAUCUUGCGAAAACAACAUCUCAAAAGAAGAACAUGUGCUGACAGUAAAUAACACUACUGAGACUGAAAACAAUGACAUAGAGAGUGAAGAAAUUAAAUAUAUGACUUCCUUAUUAGAAGAUGCUAAUGCUACCUUAGAUAGAAAGGACUAUGAGCUGUUGAAAGCUCAAAAAAUUAUCGAAGCUUUAUCAACUGAAGUACUGGAUUCCCAAAUACAAAUAGCUACUCUUACCAGUACUUUAAAUCUUUAUAAAAGGAAAUAUGAAAAUAUUUCUCAGAAUAAAAACAAUAUUUCUGGUAGGAGUACUCAAGAACCAAAAUGGAAAAAAGCAAAGAUAAACCAUGCAGACUAA